AUGAUAGAAAACUACACAAACAGUUGUGAAACUUAUCAAUUAAAUAAAAAGUAUAAUUUAAGAUAUGGAUUAUUACAAGGGAAAAUUGAAGUGUGUAAUCCCUGGAAUACUAUAACACUAGAUAUUGUAGGGCCAUUAAACUUUACUGAAGGAGAUAAACAUUGGCUUUUGCAUAUAAUAGACUAUGGAUCAAGACUUACUGAGUUAUUCGUUCUAUCCAAAAUAACAACAAAUGUAGUUGCAAAACUCUUUGAGAAUAACUAG